AUGGACGAGUCGGAAUCUGACCACGACGUUGACGGCAACGAGGGUAGGAUCGAGGAAGCCAAAAGACAAAAGCGAACAAGGGCCUCCCCGUCCAACAAGCAGCCGUUGACUCAGAGAUCUAGUGCAACUUCAGUUGUAGCUGGGCGCUCGCACCCGACCAUUGCCGAUGUUCUUGCGAACAAACCCGGAAAAUCCAACAAAGUCCGGUCCAAAGGUAAAAACGGCAAACGCCUACCAUGGCUCGAUCGCCAGCACCGUGCCAUCAUCCGGAUUGUCUACCAGAGCGAUCCCGAGAAAUACACCCACUCAAAACUUGCAAGCAUCAUGGGUGUUAACUCCAAUCAAAUUUUCAAGGCCAUUCAUAAUAAUUACACAAUUCCCGACGAGGACGACGAUUAUGCAUGCCUCGGCGCUGACGGUGAAGAAUGGAAGAAAAUUUUCCCCCCAGCAACAAACUCUGAGGGAGAUCGCUCAACUCACAGAGUACCUGUUAAAUCGCGCCGCCGCAAGUCUCAGAUUGGUCACGUUUCUUAUACUAAACGGAAUGAAAUCGAGCCGGAAGCACCGGCAAGUGGAAGCGGCGUGAACAGUCUCACUGCUGCCAAAAUUCCUGCCAGCAGCGUCGCUAGAAAUCAACAAACCCGCGUUAUCGAACGGUUCAACCCAAUUCGUCAUAUUGUCCGUGAGCGACCCGUGCUCGCCGUACCGCCCCAUGAACUUGCACGCUCUGGAGCAUCCCAGAUUGUCCCGGCUUCGCAAUCAAUUUCAACAUACGAUACUUCACAUCUCAACAAUGUUGAUGACGAAGUCCGAUCCUUCCUGGCUAACAUUAUGCACUUCGAUUUAACCCACCAUAUCCCGCUCCUACAAGCACAAGGUUUCACUCAGAUGAAGUAUUUUCGAGGCAUGGCGGGUUGGAAUAAUCCAGAAUGUGUCAGCAUUGCGGUGGAAAAGUUGUUUGGUGGGGAAGGCAAAAUGACUGGUAUGGAGUUGACAUUCUUGAGUAUCGCAAUCACAAAAUUGGUGCCAUAG